AUGAAGGAGCAGACGAAGGGGCUUCGGGUUGGCGACUGGGUGGGUGGGAACUUGGCGCGCAUUGUCGCGGGCCUGUUCGAUGAAGGCAGCCAGGGGGCAGGCCGGUGCGAUCUUAGACGACGAUACCAGGAAGAACACCGCCGGCCCCCGUUUAAGUUCUCCGAAGGCGCCGGGGCCCCGCCUUUUUGCGUAUCUGUGUGCGUGCCCGCUGGCACGCGCCUGCUCCCUCCGUUCCUGGAUAGUUGCCGCCGCGUGGCCCGCAAUCCCUCGCGGUGGGCCCGCCCUAUCGCUAUCGCGCCGGGCCGCCCGUCCGGUGGGUGGGCCUCCCCCGCUAGGCUUCAUUCUUUGGGCGGUGCGGCCGGACCAGCCGCCCGACCGACGGGGGGGCAGGGGAAAAAUAAAUUGAUAGGCACAUCACCGCCCACCCGCCUUCUCGCCCCCGGCGCGCGCUCGGCCGGUGGCCGGCAAGUGACAUCGCCUGGCCACCGGGCGCGGGGGGAGGUGAGUGGGGGGUCGGGGGAGUCCCGGCGCCGCCCUUAUUGGCGCCAGCAAGCCCCCUCGCUGGUUGGCUGCAUGCAAAUGGCGCGCCGCGCGCGCCCGCCAGUUUGUUCUCGUUAUUUUUGGUGGCCGCCCCCUUGGUUGCCUGUGCAGUGCGUGCACGCGGGCGGUCGUUGUGCGUGCCCAGCCUGCUGGACAGUGGGCCCACGCACUCUGAUCCCAUUAUCCUGUCUCCCGGGCGGCCCGGGAGUGUGGAAAACAAUUCGCCAAUGCGCUUGGCAUCGAU